UUAGAUCACGACAAUAAUUUUUACUUGUCGCAUUAGCUGUGGAGUCCACUGUUAGCAGUGGAUCUUUGACGUGUGGGUGAAGAUGUAGGUUGUAAACAAAUCGAUAUUCAAAUACGACGUAAAGCAGUGUAGUGUUAUUAAAAUGGAGUUUAUUUAAGUUUGAGAGUGCUUUACCUGUCCCCGAGAAGAGUAUCAGUUCUAGUAAUAUAAGUAAAUGAGUAUCAAAAUGCCCACGUACAGAGUUCAGAACCUUUAUAACAUAUGUCUGAAUAGCAUUGUGUGUAAUGUCAACUUUUGGUUGAAACUGAAGAAGGACCAUGACAAAAAUGGGAAGAAAUACAGCCCAUUUAGCGUCUUGCCUGCAUCAUUGGAGCAAGAACUGCUGGAUACUUAUGUGCGCAUUCAUAGUUUACCUGACAGGUAUAACUUCUGGCUGGAGCAUCAGGAAAAGUGGAGACUGUUUAUAACUGAACACAUCAGUAGACUUGCAAUAACAGAUUACACAGAGAAGGCAAGCCUCCUCCAUAUUGCUGCAACAUGUAGGAACCUGAAGUAUCUUGACAUCAAGAAUGUAUAUGAAGCUCUCCCAUGUCUCAAAACAAUAGCACCUUGUUUGAAAACAGUUGUUUCACUUAACUUUGUGACAAUGGCACAUAUUAACAGCACCACACUGAAGUAUAUUCGGAGUCAUUGCCCAAAUCUCAGGUUUCUUGGAUUACGAUCAUGUGUUCUCAAUGACAAAGCAUUGGGGCAUCUGAAGCAUAUAAAUACUCUCACAGAGCUCGACAUAAGGGACACAGAGGUUACAGCAUCAGGCAUAUGUCUUGUUUUAAAACACAACCCUCAGCUGCGUAGCUUACAUCAUCCAGAGGUAGUGCGUGGGCUCUAUAAAAUGCAUUCCUCUCGAACUUGGCUGGUACGUGUAGAGUCGAGUCUCUUGUCUUCUACUAUGAUGUCAUAUCAGUUGAGAGACAUUGAGUUUGAGAUAUCAAAGAAGGAUAAUCCUGGAAUGUUGGCUGUAGUUGUUUCAUCAUGUCCAGCUAUUGAGAGAGUCCGUGUUGAAGUUGAUGCCAGUGCUCCAGCUGACUCACUCGCACCUUUAGCGAAACUUCAAUAUUUGACAGAGCUAGAUGUCCAGUGCUGUGGUGACAGUACACACAAAGGGUGGGAUGACCCUGCUUCAGCUGCUAUAAAUCUGUUUGCUUGUAGUAUUGUGCCAAUCUUAGAAGCUCGUGGCAGAAAUCUGUAUGCUUUCACACUGGAGGGAAUUGUUUCUGUUGAUAUGCAGCUGAUUGAACACCUCUGUCCUAAUUUAGUAAGCUUAGGUUUAUACUACAACUCUUAUUUGGAAGAAUCAUUUAUUAUCCCUGAAGAUUUGACUCUUUCAAAGCCAUUUCCUGGGCUUCGCAGACUUCUAUUUGGCUCUAAUUCUGGAGACAGUGAUUUUCCAUCAGAAUAUUUGGAAUGGCUGCUGUCAAAUCAAGAUUUGGAAGAACUUUCUCUCUCUGGCUCACCUCUUUUUAAUAUUGAGUUAUUCAAUAACGCAUUUGCAAAUUCUUCUGCGUAUCCAAACUUACGUCGUCUUGAAUUAGAUUACUGCAAUGUGACCGCCGAUGUUAUAAUAGAGUUUUUAUAUCAUUGUGGUCGUAAAUCAUUACGAGAGCUCAGUAUUUGUGGCCCAUUUGUAAGAGAACAAGCAGCACCAUCUCUUUGUUAUAUACUCUGUGAAAAAUUGGAUGUUCAACUUGAGGCAUACUUUUAUUCAUUUGUGAAACUGAAAAAGAGACUAGUUCGAUACAAGCAGGAUCUCACUUGCAUCAGUUCAGAAUUGGACAUGAUAUCACUUCACAACAAUUUCGACCAUUGCCGUCUGAUAGAGUUUAUUGAUCCUAACUGAUGCAGUGGUGAGUCUUGCAAUUAUUAAUUUGUUGUUUGUACUAGUCGUUACCAAAAGAGUGACUGUGAGAUAAAUGUUAAAGAUUUGUCAAGGAAGUUACAUACCCUUCUCUGUGAUUAUGGAAUGUGAACAUAUCAUUCUUUUCCUAAGCCAAAGAAAUAUCAUUUUCAGUUAGAUCAUAAAUUACAUAUUAGAAUCAAUUAUCCAGAAAUCAUACAUCCAUUGAAAUAUUUGAAAUCAUUUUUUAGUUUUGCCAAAGAUGUUACUAGUCUCUCUAUUGAACAAAAUGUUUCAAUUCAUAUUAAAAUAGUAAUUCCACUAUUAAAAAUUUUGUACUUUAUAAGUAACUGGAUGGUUAAAAUUAUUUGUUAUUUUUAUAUUGUGAACAUUUGAACAUUUUGUCAACUAUUUUGACCAGGGAAAAUAUUAAGAUAUUUAGCUUCCUUAAACAACUCAUGUAUAUCAACUCAGUCUGAUGUAGAAUUGUUAUGAGUUCAGAUACUUCUGAUAUACGUGUUUGAAACACUUUCUUCUUCCAAAGUAUGAAUACUGCAAGUUUUUAUGCACAUUUAUACAACUGUAUAAAUUCAUUCCCUGCAUAUGAAUUUGGUGAAGAGGCUGUUAAAUCUCAACCAUACACUAGAUAAUGUUUAUGUAAGAAGGAAAUGUGCACCAUUUGGAAUUGUGGCCAAAGUAUCCAGAUAGUGUCCUAUUCACUGCUAAUUUAGUUUUUCAACAGUUUCCACCUCACCUACCAAAAGAAUGUCCACAUUUAAAUGUGAACACAACUAAUGCAGUGUUUUACAUGACCAUGCUCAAUUUUGAUAAUCCUAAUUACUGCUUCAUGCACAUAAUUUGGAUCCAACUCAUAUUUUAAAGUCAGGAUUCCAAGUGGGACAGUGUUUGUGUUUGACAAAAAUGUGUGCAGUAUUCUAAAACUACUUACAUAUUGCAGUUGCCCAGUGUAUUUUUUGGAGUACUGUGCCAGUACGCGCAGCAUCUCGAUUAUAGACAUUUGUGUCAUUAUUUACUAAUUUCUAUUUAGGGAAUUGUAUGUUCAGCAUCAGACUGAUGUUGUUGUUAUAGAACGUAGCAUCAGUAAAUGUAAUGGAAUAUUUGUAUCCUGGUAGUACCUAAAUGUGGUUGUAUAAUUGUGCAGUUUUAUUGAUAUUUGAAUUCUGCUAAAUGUAAAAAUUUUAGCUGAAAUGAAAGAUAGAAAGAAUCACAGGGAGAAUAAACACUUGUAGCACUACUUCAUUUGAGAUCUUGGGAAACAGAUAAUUUGCAGAAAAGUGAUAUGUCAGCAAGUGAAAUAUGCAAAUAUCUGUUUACUCGUAAGUUCAUGAAGAGGAAAUGUGUUUUUGAUGCUUGUUAUGACUAUUCUCUUUUAUCUUUUAUGAAAAUGAGCACUGUAUAACAAAAAUUGUAGCACAAAGUGGACUAUGUGUCAGAUUUUGUUUAAAAUAUAAUAGUGUAUCUAAAUAUUUAUUGAUGUAAACUUGUUAUGAAAAUGUCAACUUGAUGUUCAGUGUGUAAUGGAAUGUAGUUACCAAACAAGAAAAUAAGUAGGUGUAGAAAGCUGUCCAUUGGUGUUAUAUCUGAAAUACCGUAUCUUGCAUACAGUUGGAGAUAUGCUUAAAAAUGAAACAAAAAAAUACUGUUGCCAUUAUGUUUUGAAGUCUUAUUUGUUGUAUUGAGUUAAGCUGCAAAUGUACUGUCAGAAAAAGAAAUAAAUUCCUAAUUAUUCUUGUAAACAACUUCAGGUGGGCUGUUGUACCUUGAUGGGAAACUAUAAUUAAAAACAUUUGUCUUAAGUGUAAUAUUCUUCAUAUGCAACACAGCUGGGAAUGUAUUAUAUUUUUCCAGUUUUCCAGUGUCCUGUUUGUAAUAUGAUUAUUUAUAAAUUGAAAAUUUGCUUUACUUUUAUUAUUAUUAUUAUUAUUAUUGUUGUUGUUGUUAUUGUUGUGAGUUCAGUGGAUUUGUGAAAAUAUUCACACUUAAGUUUGUGAGCACAGCUGCUCAUCUCCAUGUAAUUUGGUCUAUAUGUGCAAUGUGCACAUACACCCACAAAUUAUCACUCAGUGGUGAUAGUUCAAAUAUUCAUUUGUGGUAGUGAUUGGUUGUUGGAGACAAACCACAAUAGUUUACCAUUUCUUUUGUGGGCAAAACAUUACAGCUCCUAGUCAUAUAUGUAAUUAAGGGGUAUAAGAUUGAUUUGUAAAACCUGGUUCCACAUUGUACAAUGCUAUGUUAAAUGAAAAGUAGAGUACUUUUUAGCACUUUGUACUGUGUUGCAGUGAAAAACUUACCUUCAUGUGCAUAAAGCUGUUAUGCCCUAUUUAGCAACCUCCUUUGUUGUUCAGAAGUCUGCAGAGAAGUUGGGUAGCUGUUGAUAAUGUUUCUUUCAGGAGAUGAGUUCAGUAAUAUGUUUGUGGUUGUGUUUUGUGGUCAUCUUCAUGGUGACAGUUAAAGAGAAGACAUUCCUGUUGAAUUUUACACUUUAUUAUUAAUAGUUUCUGCUACAUUAUACUAAUAUUUCAUGCUAAAAUGUAUUAAUAAUGUUUGUGUCGAGGACCAAAGUCUUUGAAAAUGGUUCUGUAGUAUGUAGUAUUAUCUGAAAAGGUGCUCUGAGCAAAUCUGGUCUUUACAACAUGGUGUGUCAUGAAAAUGUUGGUUUUGGUGUUUUUGUUAUAAAACACAACUUCACCAGGAACAUGGUGCUGUUAUGACACUUAGAACUAUUUCUUUAUCUUUUAAUAUGGGAGUGGAUGAUGUUAAGUGAGAUAUCCUGUUCAUAAAUUUGCCUGACCAUUAUCCUUUUAGGGCCUUUCUGGCAUGAUUAAGAAAAGGUAUAAUAUUGAUCAACAUGGAUAUUCACUGAAGCACACAAUUUAUGUGUUGAAUGCAUCUUGUAUUUUAUUUGAAAAUGUAAACAAAUACAAUCUCCAUACAGUUCUUUGUGAUCUCAUGAAAGUGACCAGUAAAUUUCAGACCAAACACUGCUGAUAACAGUUGCAAAUAAAUGAUUCCAAUGUAUUAAAAAGAAAUGAUAGCACCCGGUUCUUUGAAUAGACAGCCAAUUUUCACAGUGUAAUUUUGUUAUUUUCAGUUGCAGUGAGAAUGUAUUGAGCAAUUAUAAAUACUUGCCUGGGGAAGAGUGACACUGCCUCAUUUAAUCUCCUUCCUCCAUGUGCUUUCCCAAAAUCCAUUCCUGUCAUAUCUGGCAUCACCAUCUCUCCUCUUUGUUGUAACAGAUCUGAAAGUAUAUAGUUGCUUUUUUUCAUAUAUUUUAAUAUAAUUUUAUACUUUAUAAGAAAGCUGUUUCAAUAGCAAUAUUUUUUGACUUGCAUUUUAUUUUAUGCAAUUUUUCUUGCACUUACGUGGUUAACGGAAGGAAUAAGAUAGACUUUGUUGUAUUUAUCAUUCAUUUUGGCAACAGCCAAAGGUGUUAUCCAUGAAACUGAUAUUCAGUGUUUUAUUUUCCUUUACUUUUCAUGCGAGACACACUAUGUGCUUGUGCUAAAGUUAGUAACUGUUGUCUCAUGUGUCAGUAUAGUGUAUGAUAAUUUAUAUUUUUGUAUAAAGUGGUCUUACAUUUGUUUUAUAAGGCAGCUGAUAGAUGAGUGAUUUGCUUAGUGAUACUUAAGCUUGUGCUUUCAAAACAUUUGAUCUCACUUUUGUCAUUGUCACCUUUUCAGCUACUUCUUUGUAUUCUUUUUUUUUUUUUUGUAUCAGGUCUAAAGUUUUGCUGUUAACAAUGUGAAUCAUUUAACUCUGUAAUGUAUUUUACCAUCUUGAAUGCAAAUGCAGCUGCAGCUUGAUGGAAUUUUUCGAGACCUUUCCAUUGUUAUGUGCAAUCUCUUGUAAUUGUAUUAUUUGUUUAUGGUCUGAUUAUUUGAUAGAUUUUACCAUAUGAUAAAAACAUUUAUUUCAAUAAAAUAUUAGUUAUACACAUUACAAGUGUGGAAUAUACGGUAGCACUGUGGCACUUCCUGUGGUGACUGUUAAAAUGAUGCAUGUGAUUUUUAAAAUGCCUAAAAUCAUGAAACAAAAUUUGUUUGAGUACUAUGCUUCUGCUCACAGACACAAUAUUAAUACUUCAAUGGAAUAAUUUGUGUUAGGGAAGAUUAUCAUCACCAUUGUUUAAAAGUCCUCUUUUUUAUUCAUUGUGUGUAUUAUUAUGCCCCGUAAGCUUUGUAUACAGUAAUGGACCAUCAUGGAUGCCAAAUAACUGUGGUUCUAGGAAAAACAGCCAUUCAUCAGGUAAAAGAUGCAUUUAACACCUAAUAGUCACAUAAAUAUGAUGAUGCUUGCUCUAGCUCAACCAUUGAACUCUCAUACAUAUUGUGCAUGUAUGAAAAACACACACACACACACACACACACACACACACACACACACACACGGUCUCCUCAGUACAGAAGUGUUUGUACGUAUGCAUGCGAAUUUUUGAGAGAGAGUCUAGUCACGCAACAUAAAGGAAGUGUACAUGAACUACAAUUUUCAUUGUUAUUGAUUGUGUCCAGGAAAUAGUGGGCAAAAUCAGUAACAAAAUGUGCCAUGCUAUGUAGUCACUUUUCAGUACAAUAAGUUUAUUUUACUUUUUCGUAUAUUUAUUCCAACAAGUGUUAGAAAUUCAAGUUACAUGGAGCAAUUUCUUGAAAAGUUUUCUUUUUGUGUGUGUUCUAAGGUGCUCUCAUGUAUUUAGCCUAAUUACAUGCUUAAAAUGCUGUAUAUAAAUGUAUGUGGUGCUUCAUAAAAUCUUAAAUUGCUCAUUUGUAGUGUUUUGUCUUACACACCAAAACUAACUCUAUUGUACUGUGUAUAUUUUAUUUUAUCCUCUUUUUUUGCCUCAAACCUGUUUAAUGUUGGCAGCCCUUACCAAUCUUAAGAUGAAAACUGGGAGUUGUUUUCAAGACUCAUGUUGUUAGAGAAUGCUUAUAUCAAGUGAAAGUGAAUGUUACAUUUUGUAGUUUCCUUUAUUGUUGCAAAUGAAAAACCAGUUUUAUUUUGUUGCAGUUAGCUGCAAUUUGUUAUAAAUAUUGACCAUUAAUGUUGAAGAACUGUAAUUCAUGUGUAAAUGUUGCAGUAUGAUGGUUCUGCUAUGUUGUUGUUGUUUUUAAAUAGCAAGGCCUUCACUAAUGGCCAUGGUAAUUUCUGUCAUUUCUAUUAUUCAGUCACUGUGAUAUAAUGUGUGAGCUUACUCUUAUUUAAGUGAAUGGUCAUUCGUUAUAUAACAAGGCUGGAAGUAUAAUGCUACAGUUAUUGUAAUAUAUAUGUGCUGCUUACAACAUAUUGCUGUAAUAUUACCAAGUAAUAAAAUUUCUUCAAGUAUA